CGAUCCAGCGUUCCCUCCUUGCUAGUCAUUGGAUCUUUUCGUCCCGUUCCGCGCGCUCGUGCGUCGCUGCCUCUCCGCGGCCAUGAAGAUAAAGCCCGUUUCCCACAAGACCGAGAACACGCACCGGUUUCUUACAUUUGCUGAACGACUAGGGAAUGUGAAUAUCGAUAUUAUUCACCGGAUUGAUAGAACCGCAAGCUAUGAUGAGGAAGUCGAAACCUACUUUUUUGAGGGGCUGCUGAAAUGGAGAGAAUUGAACCUUACAGAACACUUUGGGAAAUUUUACAAAGAAGUUAUUGACAAAUGCCAGUCAUUCAACCAAUUGGUCUAUCAUCAAAAUGAGAUCGUUCAGAGUUUGAAGACUCACCUGCAAAUUAAGAACAGUUUUGCCUACCAGCCUCUUUUGGACUUGGUUGUGCAGUUGGCGCGAGAUCUGCAGACGGACUUCUAUCCACACUUUCCGGAUUUUUUUCUGGCCAUCACAUCUAUCCUGGAGACCCAGGACACGGAGUUGUUGGAAUGGGCGUUCACCUCGCUGUCCUAUCUGUACAAGUACUUAUGGAGACUGAUGGUGAAGGACAUGACCAACAUCUACAGCAUGUACAGUACACUCCUGGCUCAUAAAAAGCUGCAUAUAAGAAAUUUUGCUGCUGAGAGCUUUACUUUUCUCAUGAGAAAGGUUUCUGAUAAAAAUAUGCUUUUCAACUUAAUGUUUCUUGACCUGGAUAAGCAUCCUGAGAAGGUGGAAGGAGUUGGACAGUUGCUCUUUGAAAUGUGUAAAGGAGUCAGAAACAUGCUUCACUCCUGUACAGGCCAGGCGGUCAGACUACUUUUGCAAAAACUAGGACCUGUUACCGAAACAGAAACGCUGCUCCCCUGGAGCUUCAUUGGAGAAACCCUGAAAAGCAUGGUCAGAUCCACAGCGUUCUACGUCUACAAGGAACAUUUUGGUACAUUUUUUGAGUGUUUGCAAGAAUCCCUCCUGGGUCUACAUACUAAAGUAACCCCAAUGAACUGCUCUGAAAGCUCUGACCAGAUGAGAAGAUUAUUAGCAAUGUAUCUGAUACUUGUGCAACAUGGCAAUGGGUCCAAGGUAACCCACCCUGUUGCCGUUUGUAAGGUAUUGUCUCAAACAUUGCAAAUAGCCAAUCUCUCCUCACCUUGCCGGGAGACACUCUUGGAUGUGAUAUCUGCUUUGAUCCUAGGAGAGAAUAUUUCCUUGCCCCAGACUCUCAUCAAAGAAACCAUAGAAAAGAUUUUUGAGAGCGGAUUUGAAAGACAUCUCAUUUGGAAUUUUUCGGAAGUCAUGUUCGCUAUGAAGCAGUUUGAGCAGCUUUUUCUACCAAGCUUUCUCUCAUAUCUUGAGAAUAUCUUCUUGAUUGAUGAUGCUAUCGUCAAAGAUGAAGCUCUGGCUAUUCUGACAAAACUCAUUCUGAACAAAGCACCACCUCCCACUGCUGGUUUGAUGGCCAUUGAAAAGUACCCUCUGGUUUUCUCACAACAGACGGUGGGACCCUAUUUAAAGCAGAUGAAGACUAGAUCCAGGGAAGAGAAGGAACCAAUUCCAGUGUUGGAUCAUCUCUUGUCUAUAAUUCAGCUGCCUCCAAAUAAAGAUGCUACUUACCUUUCACAGUCUUGGGCAGCACUUGUCGUGUUACCUCAUAUUAGGCUUCUCGACAAAGAGAAGGUAAUACCACUGGUCACAUGCCUUAUAGAGUCACUCCUCACAGCUAUUGACAAAGGGAGCUUUGGAAAAGGAACCUUAUUUGUUCUCUGUCAAGCUGUAAGUGCUCUGCUCAGUUUGGAAGAAUCCUCUGAACUUCUCCGUUUGGUUCCCGUGGAACGUGUGAAGAAUUUAAUAUUAAUGUUGCCUCUGGAGCCAUCCGUGUUGCUGUUGGCUGAUCUCUAUUAUCAGAGAUUAUCCUUGUGUGGCUGCAGAGAACCACUUUCGCAGGAAGCUUUAAUGGAAUUAUUUCCGAAGUUACAAGGAAACAUUUCAACUGGCGCAUCCAAGAUACGGCUUCUGACCAUUAGGAUUCUAAACCAUUUUGAAGUCCGGCUUCCAGAAUUGAUGGAGGACGAUGGGCUGUCAGAGAGCCAGGCUGUGUUUGCUGUAAUACGCCAGGCGGAACUCGUCCCAGCCACCGUGAAUGAUUACAGAGAGAAACUGCUGCAUCUACGGAAGCUGAGACACGAUGUGGUGCGAACUGCAGUCCCCGAUGGCCCACUGCAGGAGGUGCCGCUUCGUUAUUUACUAGGCAUGUUAUAUGUGAAUUUCAGUCCUCUGUGGGAGCCUGUCAUUGAACUAAUAAGUUCUCAUGCACAUGAAAUGGAAAAUAAGCAGUUCUGGAAAGUCUACUAUGAACAUCUUGAGAAAGCAGCUGCACGUGCUGAGAAAGAGCUGCAGAGCGAUGAACAAAAUGAAGAGCAAUCGACUGGAGACGGGCGUUGGGAGCAGACCCAGGAAGGAGAUGUGGGAGCUCUCUAUCAUGAGCAGUUAGCAUUGAAAACUGACUGCCGGGACAGACUGGACCACACUAACUUCCGCUUUUUGCUCUGGCGAGCUCUGGCAAAAUUCCCUGAGAGAGUGGAGCCACGGUCCAGGGAGCUUUCCCCACUUUUCUUGAGAUUUAUCAACAAUGAGUACUAUCCAGCAGAUCUGCAAGUUGCUCCAGCCCAAGAUCUGCAAAAAAAAGGCAAGAGAGGAGGGGCAGAGGACACAGAAGAGGAGCCAACUGCCAGAGAUGAUGAGGAAUCAGAAGAAGAGGUCCCCCAAGAUGAGCCUGUGCAGAGAAAGAAGACAAGACGAGCUGCUGCCAAGCAGUUAAUUGCUCACUUACAAGUUUUUGCUAAGUUUUCAAAUCCACGGGCCUUGUAUCUGGAAUCCAAAUUAUAUGAGCUGUAUCUUCAGUUGUUGCUACACCAAGAUCAAACGGUCCAAAAGAUCACUCUGGAUUGCAUAAUGACAUAUAAGCACCCGCAUAUCCUCCCUUACAGGGAAAAUUUGCAAAGAUUGCUUGAAGACAGAAGCUUUAAGGAAGAAAUAGUACAUUUCAGCAUUUCAGAAGAUAAUUCAGUAGUGAAAGCAGCUCAUCGAGCAGAUCUGUUUCCUAUUCUGAUGAGGAUUUUGUAUGGUCGAAUGAAGAACAAAACUGGGACUAAAACUCAGGGGAAAUCCGCUUCAGGCACCCGUAUGUCCAUUGUUCUGAGGUUCCUCGCUGGGACCCAGCCCGAAGAGAUCCAGAUAUUCUUAGACCUGCUCUUUGAACCUGUGAAUCACUUCCAGAAUGGCGAGUGCCAUUCUGCCGUCAUUCAAGCAGUAGAAGAUUUGGAUCUGUCAAAGGUUCUUCCUUUGGGUCGUCAGCAUGGAAUCUUAAAUAGCCUUGAAAUAGUGUUGAAGAACAUCAGUCAUCUAAUCAGUGCAUACUUACCAAAAAUUUUACAGAUACUGCUCUGUAUGACUGCCACGGUGUCACACAUCCUUGACCAACGAGAACAGAUACAACUGAGGUUUAUUAAUCCGCUGAAAAAUUUGAGACGUCUUGGGAUCAAAAUGGUGACUGAUAUCUUUUUGGAUUGGGAGUCCUAUCCAUUCAGAACAGAAGAAAUUGAUGCUGUGUUUCAUGGUGCCGUUUGGCCCCAGAUCACCAGGCUUGGAUCUGAGAGCCAGUAUUCUCCUACUCCUUUGCUGAAGCUCAUUAGUGUCUGGAGCAGAAAUGCAAGAUAUUUUCCUUUUCUGGCUAAACAGAAACCGGGGCACCCUGAGUGUGAUAUUUUGACCAAUGUUUUUGCAAUUCUCUCAGCAAAGAAUCUGUCCGAAGCCACAGCCAGUAUUGUGAUGGAAAUAGUUGAUGACCUUCUGAACCUUUCAGAUUUUGAGCCCACAGAACUAGUCCAGAGCUUGCCAGUGACCGGCUGUGUCUACCCCAAUAUAGCAGAAAAUGCAGAUGAGUCUGUCACAGUCGGCGGAAGAUUAAUUCUACCUCAUGCACCUGCAAUUCUUCAGUAUCUCAGCAAAACCACGAUAAGUGCAGAAAAGGUGAAAAAGAAAAAGAAUAGAGCACAAGUCAGCAAGGAACUUGGCAUUCUUUCAAAGAUCAGCAAGUUUAUGCAAGACAAAGAACAAAGUUCUUUACUUAUUACACUUCUCCUUCCUUUCCUCCACCGGGCCAAUAUUGCCCAGGAGACAGAGGUUGAUAUUCUGGUGACUGUACAAAACUUGUUAAAACAUUGCUUGGACCCUACGAGCUUCCUCAAGCCUCUCGCAAGACUAUUCUCAGUUAUUAAAAACAAGUUGCCAAGACAAUUGCUCUGUGCAAUUUUCCAGAAUCUUUCUGAGUUUGAGAGUGGAUUAAAAUAUGUUACUGAUGUUGUCAAGCUUAAUGCCUUCGAUCAAAGACAUCUUGAUGAUAUCAACUUCGAUGUCCGCUUCUCAGCGUUCCAGACCAUCACGUCCUACAUUAAAGAGAUGCAAACCGUGGAUCUUAAUUACCUAAUUCCAGUUAUGCAUAAUUGUUUCUACAAUCUGGAGUUAGGAGACAUGUCUUUAAGUGAUAAUGCCAGUGUGUGUCUGAUGAGUAUCAUUAAGAAGCUAGCCGCCUUGAGCUUCACAGAGAAGGAAUACCGAGAAAUCAUUCAGCGUACACUCCUGGAGAGACUGAGGAAAGGGUUGAAGAGUCAGACAGAGACUCUUCAACAGGAUCAUACCACACUGCUUUCCUGUUUAAUUCAAACCUUUCCAGAUCAGCUGGAAUUUAAAGACUUGGUACAGCUUACCAAUUGCCAUGACCCAGAAAUGGACUUCUUUGAGAAUAUGAAGCACAUUCAGAUUCACAGGCGAGCACGAGCUCUGAAGAAACUGGCAAAACAGCUGCUGGAAGGCAAAACUGUGCUGUCUUCGAAAUCUCUUCAGAAUUACAUCAUGCCGUAUGCCCUGGCACCACUUUUUGAUGAGAAAAUGCUCAAGCAUGAAAAUAUAACCAUCGCUGCUACAGAACUUAUCGGAGCUAUAUGUAAACAUCUCUCGUGGUCAGCAUAUAUAUAUUACUUGAAGCAUUUUAUUCAUGUCUUAUGUACAGGACAGAUCAAUCAAAAAUUGGGUGUCAGUUUGCUGGUUAUCGUGUUGGAAGCAUUCCACUUUGACCACCAAACUCUGGAAGAACAGAUGGGGAAGAUUCAGAAUGAGGACGGCACAGUGGAAGUGAUUGAGAUACCAGAGCAUGAAGCCAUGGAGUUAGAUGAAGAAGGGGAGGAUGGAGAGGAGAAGGAAGGUGGGUGGAAGAGCCUGUCAGAUGACAAGAAGGAAUCGGGAAGCCCCGAUGCAGCCGAUCCUGGAGAGACAUCAGCCAAGGAAUCUGAGUGUGUCCCGAAGUCCUUCUCCUGCCUUCCUCAGAAUAAAGAAGAGUUGGAAAGAACCAUUAAAAACAUCCAUGGAACCAUAACAGGGGAUAUCCUACCCAAGCUCCAUAAAUGCCUGGCAUCUACGACGAAGAGGGAGGAAGAGCACAAGCUGGUCAAGUCAAAGGUCGUGAACGACGAGGAGGUCGUUCGAGUGCCUUUAGCCUUCGCCAUGGUGAAGCUCAUGCAGUCUCUUCCCCAAGAAGUCAUGGAAACGAAUCUGCCAGGUAUUUUGCUGAAGGUGUGUGCCCUUCUCAAGAAUAGAGCCCAGGAAAUCAGAGACAUUGCACGCAGCACUCUGGCAAAAAUCAUAGAAGACCUGGGUGUGCGCUACCUCCAGUAUAUUUUAAAGGAAUUGCAGACUACACUUGUCCGUGGCUAUCAGGUCCAUGUGCUAACUUUCACUGUGUACAUGUUGCUGCACGGCCUCACGAACAAGCUCCAAGUUGGUGAUUUGGACUCUUCUUUAGACAUAAUGAUUGAGGUCUUUAACCAUGAGUUGUUUGGUGCCGUUGCUGAAGAGAAAGAAGUGAAGCAGAUCCUCUCCAAAAUUAUGGAGGCCCGAAGAAGCAAGAGUUACGAUUCUUAUGAAAUCCUGGGCAAGUUUGUAGGAAAAGACCAGGUUACGAAACUGAUCCUUCCGUUAAAAGAGAUCUUACAAAAUACCACGAGUUUAAAACUGGCCCGGAAAGUUCAUGAAACCUUACGUCGCAUCAUCGCAGGGUUAAUUGUAAAUCAGGAAAUGACAACAGAAGCCAUCUUAUUGCUCAGUUACGGUUUGGUCAGUGAAAAUCUCCCCCUGUUAACAGAGAAAGAAAAAAAUCCAGCACCCCCUGCGCCGGAUCCCCGUCUGCCACCCCAGAGCUGCCUUCUGCUCCCGCCUACUCCUGGUCGCGGCGGUCAGAAGGCCCUCGUGAGCAAGAAAACCAACAUGCACAUAUUUGUCGAGUCUGGGCUUCAGCUGCUAUAUCUGAGUCUGAAGAAUUCCAAGAUCAAAUCUUCGAGUGAGAAUGUUUUGGAAAUGUUGGAUCCUUUUGUAUCUCUCCUCAUAGACUGCCUGGGCUCCAGGGAUGUGAAGGUGAUUACAGGCACUCUACAGUGCCUCAUCUGGGUCUUGAGGUUCCCGCUGCCUUCCAUAGAAACCAAGGCAGAACAGCUGACCAAACACCUGUUCCUUUUGCUGAAGGACUAUGCAAAGCUCGGGGCUGCCAAGGGCCUGAACUUCCACCUGGUGGUCAAUUGUUUCAAGUGUGUGACCAUACUGGUGAAGAAAGUGAAGUCGUAUCAGAUCACGGAAAAGCAGCUGCAGGUCCUGCUGGCCUAUGCGGAGGAGGACAUCUACGACACCUCCCGACAAGCUACCGCGUUUGGUCUUCUCAAGGCCAUCUUAUCAAGAAAGCUGUUGGUUCCAGAAAUAGAAGAUGUCAUGCGGAGAGUGUCCAAGUUGGCGAUUUCUGCGCAGAGUGAGCCCGUCAGAGUGCAGUGCAGACAGGUUUUCCUGAAGUACAUUCUUGACUAUCCCCUUGGCGACAAAUUGAGACCAAACCUGGAAUUCGUGCUCGCUCAACUGAGUUAUGAACAUGAGACCGGGAGAGGGUCCGCCUUGGAAAUGAUCGCCUACCUCCUUGACACGUUCCCGCAGGGCCUGCUCCACGAGAACUGCGGGGUCUUCUUCAUCCCCCUCUGCCUAAUGAUGGGGAACGACGACUCGGCCACGUGCAAGAAGAUGGCGGCCGCCACCAUCAAGUCCCUGCUCAGCAAAAUGGACCUGGAGAAAAGGGACUGGCUGUUUGACAUGGUCACCAGUUGGUUCAGUGCCAAAAAGAGCUUAAAUAGACAGCUGGCUGCCCUGAUCUGUGGCUUAUUCGUGGAAAGUGAAGGAGUGGAAUUUGAGAGGAGGCUUGGCACUGUUCUUCCUGUGAUUGAAAAGGAAAUCGAUCCUGAAAAGUUUACAGAUAUAAUGGAAGAGACCGAAGAAAAGGCUGCAGACCGCCUCCUGUUUAGUUUCCUUACACUGAUCAGUAAACUCAUCAAGGAAUGCCAUUUCGUUCAGCUUACCAAGCCUUCUGAGGUUUUGAAUCAAAUAUGGAGUCACGUGCACGCCCACUUGAGGCAUGCCCACAGCUGGGUGUGGCUCACCGCAGCCCAGGUGUUUGGGUUGCUCUUUGCCUCUUGCCAACCAGAGGAGCUGGUCAGAAAAUGGCAGACCAAGAAGACUCAAAAUAGACUCCCCGAACCUGUGGCAGUCAAGCUCCUAACAAGUGACCUCGAGCAGAAGAUGAGAAGCAUUUCUUUAGCUUCUUGCCAUCAGCUGCAUUCCAAGUUCUUGGAUCAGUCCCUAGGAGAGCAGGUUGUGAAGAAUCUGUUGUUUGUAGCCAAAGUCUUGUAUCUGCUCGUACCCGAUUCUGACGAUAAGCAAGACGAGGCAGAAGACGAUGACGGGGAAGAACAAGGGGCAGUCGGAGGUGGUGUGGCCCCAGAGGAAAGGGAAGGGAAAACAGAAGGUGCCAAAGACGAGAAGGAAGAGGUGAAGGAGGAGCCCAGCAAGCCAGCCACGCUGAGCUGGCUGAUCCUGAAGCUGUCGAGGAUGGCAAAGCUGGAGUCUGCUUAUACACCUAGAAACCUUUUAAAGAGAACGUGCAUCUUUAAGUUUCUUGGCGCGGUGGCCAUGGAUCUGGGAGCAGAGAAGGUGACGCCGUACCUCCCGAUGAUCAUAGCCCCUUUGUUUCGAGAGCUGAACAGCACCUAUUCGGAGCAAGAUCCUUCGCUGAAGAAUCUAUCCCAGGAAAUUAUAGAGUUACUCAAACAGCUGGUCGGGCUGGAGAGCUUCUCAAUGGCCUUUGCCUCCGUACAGAAGCAGGCAAAUCAGAAAAGGGCUCUCCGGAAAAAGAGGAAGGCGUUGGAGUUUGUAACCAAUCCUGAUAUUGCUGCCAAGAAAAAGCUUAAGAAACACAAAAAUAAAAGCGAAGCCAAGAAGAGGAAAAUAGAGUUCCUGCGCCCAGGCUAUAAGGCCAAGAGGCAAAAAAGCCACGGCCUGAAGGAUUUGGCAAUGGUGGAGUAAGGGGCCCCUGGGCUGGUAGCCAAGCUCAGUCUGCCUCUUGUCUGACUGUCCCAGAAGAAUGAACUGUCUGCCGUUUUCUAAUCUGAAGUCCCACCAAGUUGUAUUGGUUAUAUAUUUAAAUUAAAUUUUGGCAUAGAUUGUAUAAUACAUUGCUUAAUAUAAUCAUGCUUGUGGUUUUUUUAAUUAAACAUGCCCAAACAUUUCAUGAUAA